GCAGAAAUUAUAUUUAGUGUUUCUGGAUUGCAUAUUUUCUAGGAAGUAGGAACUAUCAAGGAAAGAAUUCCAUGGCAAUUCAGUUUGAAAAAGGAGAGGGAAAGUUUGCAGCGACGGUAGUCUGUUGGCUUCUAGGAAUUGGAUGCCUUUUCUCGUGGAAUAGUAUGGUAUCAAUUAUAGAUUACUACGCUAUCUUGUUCCCGAAAUACCAUCCGGCGAGGGUUCUUCCCAUAGUCUAUCAACCUUUAGCAGUUGGAGUAUUGCUAAUUCUAUCCUACAACGAAGCAAAGAUAAACACAAGAAAAAGGAACUUGUUUGGUUAUUUCCUUUUCUUCAUGAGCUCUUUAAUGAUUCUUGUUGUAAUUGGACUUGGCACAUCCGGGAAAGGAGGGAUUGGAACGUACGUUGGUAUAUGUAUAGUUAGUGGUGCAUUCGGAGUUGGUGAUGCUUUUGUUCAAGGUGGAAUGAUAGGAGAUCUAUCCUUAAUGUGCCCUGACUUCAUUCAAUCUUUCUUGGCUGGUAUGGCUGCUUCUGGUGUCCUAACUACCGGUUUGAGGUUAAUUACAAAAGCAGCGUUUGAAAAUUCAAGGAAUGGUCUUCGUAAGGGUGCUAUGAUGUACUUCGCAGUCUCCAUGUUAUUUGAGCUACUUUGUCUAAUUCUUUAUGCAUAUGUCUUCCCGAAACUGCCUACUGUAAAGUGCUACCGUUCGAAAGCAGCCUCAGAAGGAUCUAAAACUGUUUUCGCUGAUCUUGCUGCUGGUGGAAUACAGGUACGUACUAUAAUGCAGGCUUCAGAGGAGAACCCUGCAUACAUGGCGCGCCUAAACAACAAACAGUUGCUUGCUCAAAACAUGGACUACGCAAUUGCAAUAUUUGUCACAUUUGUAUUGACAUUUUCAAUUUUUCCCGGGUUUUUAUCAGAAGAUACUAGAAAACAUAGCUUGGGAUCAUGGUAUGUGCUUCUGAUAAUUGCAACACAGAAUGUGUCGAAUCUUAUUGGAAGAUACAUUCCGCUUAUUGAUUCCUUGAAGUUGAAGUCGCGUCGCUGGCUGCUCAUUGUGUCUUUUUCUCGUUUCUUACUGAUUCCAUGUUUUUACUACGCGGCAAAGUAUGGAGAUCAGGGAUGGAUGAUAAUGCUGACUUCAUUUUUAGGUUUAAGUCAAGGAUAUCUCCCUGUUUGUCUUCUAACUGGGGCGCCAAAAAACUAUAAGGGACCAGAGAAAAAUGCACUGGGGAAUCUGCUCGUAUUGUUUCUUGGCGGAGGUGUACUUGCAGGGGUAACACUUAGUUGGGUAUGGCUCAUUGGUAAAGGUUGGUGAGCUCUUGCAUACU